CAAUCAAGAGCCACGCCUUCAUCCUGAGUCAGUACCCAAUUGCUGCUCGAAGAGCCCAGAGGACGCAGUCGGGAUUGGCCACCAGCCUGGCCGACCUGGCCGCAACAAGUUAGGCUGUGUCACCGUUAUAUAGCCCGGCGACGGAGCACGCGUGUGUGCGGACGCAGUUGCGUGAGGGGUUUUUUUUACCUUCUGUCGUGCCGUGGAGCAGAGCUUGUUCCUCUCCCGCUCAGCCGUGCAGGUUGAAUUGACCAAAGCAAUGGUUAUGGAGAAGCCUAGUCCCCUGCUGGUCGGGCGGGAAUUUGUGAGACAGUAUUACACACUGUUGAACCAGGCCCCAGACAUGCUACACAGGUUUUAUGGAAAGAACUCUUCUUAUGUCCAUGGGGGAUUGGAUUCAAAUGGAAAGCCAGCAGAUGCCGUCUAUGGACAGAAAGAAAUCCAUAGGAAAGUGAUGUCACAGAACUUCACCAAUUGCCACACUAAGAUCCGCCAUGUCGAUGCUCAUGCUACUCUGAAUGAUGGUGUGGUGGUCCAGGUGAUGGGCUUGCUCUCUAAUAACAACCAGGCUUUGAGGAGAUUCAUGCAGACCUUUGUCCUUGCUCCUGAGGGCUCUGUUGCAAAUAAGUUCUAUGUUCACAACGAUAUCUUCAGAUACCAAGAUGAAGUCUUUGGUGGCUUUAUCACUGAACCUCAGGAGGAAUCUGAAGAAGAAGUAGAGGAACCUGAAGAAAGACAGCAGACACCUGAGGUGGUACCUGAUGAUUCUGGAACUUUUUAUGAUCAAACUGUCAGCAAUGACUUAGAAGAACAUUUAGAAGAACCUGUUGCUGAACCAGAGCCUGAACCGGAACCAGAACCAGAGCAGGAACCUGUAUCUGAAGUCCAGGAGGAAAAGUCUGAGCCAGUAUUGGAAGAAACUGCUCCUGAGGAUGUUCAGAAGAGUUCUUCUCCAGCACCAGCAGACAUAGCCCAGACAGCGCAGGAGGACUUGAGAACCUUUUCUUGGGCAUCUGUGACCAGUAAGAACCUUCCACCCAGUGGAGCUGUUCCAGUUACUGGGAUACCCCCACAUGUUGUUAAAGUACCAGCUUCACAGCCUCGCCCGGAGUCUAAGCCUGAAUCUCAGAUUCCACUUCAGAGGCCUCAGAGGGAUCAGAGGGUGCGAGAACAGCGAAUAAAUGUUCCUCCCCAGAGGGGACCCAGACCAGUCCGUGAGGCUGGUGAGCAAGGCGAUGUGGAACCCCGAAGAAUUGUGAGACACCCUGACAGUCACCAGCUCUUCAUUGGCAACCUGCCUCAUGAGGUGGACAAGUCAGAGCUUAAAGACUUUUUUCAAAAUUAUGGGAAUGUGGUGGAACUGCGUAUUAACAGUGGUGGGAAAUUACCCAAUUUUGGGUUCGUUGUGUUUGAUGAUUCUGAGCCUGUUCAGAAGGUGCUUAGCAACAGGCCCAUCAUGUUCAGAGGAGAGGUCCGUCUGAAUGUGGAAGAAAAGAAGACUCGAGCCGCCCGUGAAGGGGACCGCCGAGAUAACCGCCUGCGGGGACCUGGAGGUCCUCGAGGUGGGCUGGGUGGUGGUAUGAGAGGCCCACCCCGUGGAGGCAUGGUGCAGAAACCAGGAUUUGGAGUGGGCAGGAGCAUUGCUCCAAGGCAGUGAAUUGCUCUUCACCAGUCUUCAGGCAGCAGUACAAACUAGCUCGCUCCCACAGAAUGAUGAAUUUCUUCAACCAACCUUGGUAUCUUGGAAUAUGAUCCUAGUCUAUUAUAAACUGCUUAAGUUUGUACAAUUUUACUUUUUGUGUUAAUGGUGUGUGCUCCUUCUCUCCCCUGCCUCCCACCUUUUAGUCCUUCACUUCCAAUUUUGUGGAAUGAUAUUUUAGGAAAAAUGGAUUUUUAAAGAAGAAAAAAACAGACUGACUGAAUUUCUUUGCUUUAUUUGCAUAUACAGACUGGAUUUUUUUUUUUUAACAGUUUCCCUAAAGGAAUGUGUCUUGCUUCUUACUGACAUUUGGUAUGUUUCAUUCAUUGGACUAUUUCUUACUUACUUUCUAUGUGUUUCAAAAGCCUGUGAGAAUUACAGGAUUUGAUAAACAUUUUGAAGACCAGAGAAAUCCAAAUUGUUUUCUUCUUUGAGAGUCAUGACUAUCUUCUGGUGUGGAGAAAUUGCCAUUGGAAAAAUUGACAAUUUUGAUUCUCGUUGAUGUGGUUAAAAACUGAAUAAAAGGUGUUAGUAGAGUUUUCUUUUAAAAAAUGAUCACAAAACAGUUUCAAAAUCUACUGUUUUUGACAUUGGAAUUUAAAUUGUGAGAUAGGUUUAAAUGUCUAGAAUGUAACUGAUAAGCUUUUCUUGAACUGUUAGAUUUUUUUUGAAAGUAGAGUUUUUUUCAUGUUUAAUUUGUAUUUGUAAAAAAAGAAAAAAGAACAAAAAAAAUUUCCAAAUCUAAGUAACACAAAACCAGAGCAAAACUGUUGUGCCUUCUAUUUAUCUUUGAUUCCAGUCUUGGCAAUUGUUUCAAGAAAAUAAUAAAAGAAAGACCCCUAGA